AUGGCGACGCCAGAGCGGCUUUUCCCGAACGCCAGCCGCUCAGACAUUAGAACCCGCUUUCACCUCGGCAAGCAGCUCGGGCAGGGCGGCACAGGCGUAGUAACCGUAUGCAGCGACCUUCAAACGGGGAUACCGGUCGCGGCGUGCAAGAGCGUGCCGAAGAGCAAGCUCCAGCGGCGCGACGCGCUGGAGGAGCUGCAGCGCGAGGUGCACGCGAACCGGCGCGUGCGCGGGCACGCGCACGUGGUGGAGCUGCGCGGGCUGUACGAGGACGCGCAUGCCGUGCACCUCGUGAUGGACCUCUGCAAGGGCGGCGACCUCUACGACUUCCUCAUCGCACGCUCGCCCGUCGCAGAACCCGUCGCAGCCGAAAUCGCCAGGCAAGUGCUGCUGGCGCUGGCGCACUGCCACGCGGUGGGAGUGAUGCAUCGCGACAUCAAGCCCGAAAACAUCCUCCUCGUCGCGCCCGACGACGGCUCGGGCCGCGUGCACGUGAAGCUCGCGGACUUCGGGCUGGCCGUGCUGCUGCGGCCGGGGCAGCGCGCCGUGGGCAUGUACGGCAGCGCCAUCUACAUGUCUCCCGAGGUGGUGUGCCGCCGCCCAUACGGCCAUGCCGUCGACCUCUGGGGGCUUGGAGUCAUCGUCUACCUCGCCCUCGCCGGCUACAUGCCGUUUUGGGGCAGCACGGACGAGGAGCUCUUUCUGCGCAUCCUCCGCAACUCCCCCGACUUCCGCGCGGACCCCUGGCCGCGCGUAUCCCCGCAGGCGGUCGAUUUCAUCCGCUCGCUGCUCCACUCCGACCCCGCGCACCGCCCCUCCGCGCUCGCCGCGCUGCAGCACCCCUGGAUCGUGCAGCACUGCGGCGGCCCCGCCGCCUCCCCCGCGCCCUCGCUUUCCGCCGAGCCCAUGCCCGGGAUGACGCCCAAGACCCCCGCAGCUACGCGCAAGUCUGCGCCAGCGGGGGAGAACGGGGCGAAGGUGCACCCGGAGGCGGGCAAGGCGCAGCAGCUGCCGCGCGCGGGUAGCAUGGAGGCGGGCGGGGAAGCGACGGUAAUUGCGCCCCUCCCGACGCUUAACAAGAUCCGCGUGGGCGGAGCGGGGCAGUCCGGGGGACAGUCAGCCGCGCACCAGGGCAGGGCAAUGGACGUCGACUCCGACCAAUCAAUUCCUAUCGCUCCAGUCGCUUCCGCCUCUUCCGCCGCCUCCGCUUCUUCCGCCAUGCCCGCGCCCAUGAAGCAGCCGCGGCAAGCGCCCGCGGGUGCCCAGCGGCAAUGGCCAACGCAGCAAGUGGAAGCGGCGCAAGCGCAAGCGCAAGGCGGGGAGGAGGUGCAGCCGCUGCAGCGCACGCGGCGAACGAGUCAGCCGCGCGAAAAACGCGAGGGGCGGGGGAAAUCGACGAGAGGCGCGUCCGCCGCGGAGCAGCAAGUGCGCGGGCGGUCCCGCCACCGCGAGUCCGCAACAGCUCCGCGCGCCAUGGAUGUCGACGAGCAGAUGCCGUCGCAGCAGCCGUCGCAGGGGUCGCCGCAGGCGAGCCACCCUGCGUCGCACGCGCUGCCGCCAAUCCAGGUUCCGCCUGCGGCGGGCUCCGCGCCGUCGCCGUCGCCGUCGCAAGCCAGCUCGCAGGCCGCCACGCCCACUGCGAGCGCGACUCGUCCGCGCGCGUCCCACUUCCGCUUCUUCUCCCCCAAGCGCAAAUCGCGCGCCGCAACUCACGUCACCGUCGCCGACGCGCCCUCGGGCGACUCGACCCCGAUGUCUUUCCCAAGCACCCCCACGCACCUGCCGCUCGAUUCGCCCUCCGCAUCCUCCGCCGCACGAGGCGGCGACUCGAGUCGCUCCUCGUCGUCGUUCAUGGACGCAGCGCCCUCGUGCUUCCCGGUUUUCCGGCGCCAAUCGACUUCCUCCUCUUCCACGCCGCGGUCUCGCACCGCCAAGCCGUCAGUCAUCACCAUCCCGCUGCGCACUCAAGCAUCUGCCACGUCAGCUUCGGAAGUGACAACGGUCGAGAUUCCCUGCCUCAGGACCGAGCCGCCUCUCGACCCAACCAAGCAGCCUCCUCCCUUACCUGAGCUGCAGGCUCGGCUAUCCCAACCCGACGGCUCCCUCCCAGUGCCUGAGCUCCUCUCUUACCUCCGCCCGCGCCCCUCGUCCCCCCGCCGCGCGCCCGCCGCCUCCGCGGACGACUCCGCGCCUUCCUCCGCCGCCUCCUCCGCCCCGCAGAAGCGCGGCUUCGCGAAACCCGCGUGGAUGGAGGCGAUUCGCGCCGCCAAGCCGGAGGACUCCCUGGCCGGGCAGGCCGGCGCCGCGAAAGGCGCCGCAAUCGGCGGGCUGCCGGCGGGCACGGACGCGCGGAGAGCGUCGAGUCAGUUCCUCGCGUCGAACCCGGCGCGCAAGCCGGCGGCAAACGCGGCGGGCUUGGCGGCGGACGGUGGCAGCGCGGACAAGGGCGGCAGCCGCGCAGGCGUGUCGAUCAAAAUCCCCGCGGAACAGCCAGGCGCGGAGCACCGGGAACAGCACGAGCAACGCGAGCAGCAAGAGCAGCGGGAGGCGCGCGAGCCGCGCGAGCCAAAGAAGAAGGUCCGGUCGCCCGCCACGCGCCCCUCGCAGCCACCCGAGUCGCCCCGCGCGAUCCCUCUCGACUCGCGCCAGUCGCCCAAGCCCUCCCCUUCGUCGCUCGUCGACCCGCGGCAGUCCCCGCGCCUGUCCUCUCCGCGCAACCCGCGCGCGGGCGGGAAGCUCGUUCCGCCGCUGGUGCUCCCCAUGCGCGGAGCCUGCGAGGCGGAAAAGGAAAAACCCCUCCGCCGGCGGGACUCCGCGCAGCGGGGCGCGGGAACCGGCGAGGGCGCAGGCGGAAGCGCAAGCGGGGGAGAGGAGAGCGCGUAUCUCAGCUGCAAAUCCCCUUCCGCGAGUAGCGUCGCGAGUAGCGUGACGGAGGGGUGGUCCCCUUUAUGA